AGGUAGAUCUUCAGGAACAGGGUUGGGCACCCCUGCUUUAGGCUAUAUCGAAAUUAAAAACACAUGACAUGAGGAAAUUACAUUUUUAAUGUUUUAAAACUUUUUUUUUUUUUUGUAUCAAAUGGACAUUUUAGCAAGAGAUUAUUUGCAGAUUUAUACUCAGCCUGCCGUCCAAAAUCUACAGACCUGUGUUUAUGUUCAUUGAGUGUUAAUGGACAGUGCCAGACUGUUUCAUUUUAAUAAAUUAUAUCGAGGUUCAGAAAGUUUGGUAAAGUGAAUAUUUUCAAAGCUGUACCUAGUAUUUAACUACCAGGAUUCAAUGUCCUGGUCUCCUCCCUCCCAAUUACUUUCCAAUAAUAUGAUCAGACUGAUAACAAUCAAGCAAACAAAAAAACACUCAGCAAGCAUUAGUGCCACAAAAUCUAACAGUACAACAUGAGCCCGUGACUAACACAGAUUAACUGGUAUACAUGAAAAGGAAAACAUCUUGGAAACUUUAUGAUUUGGCUAAUCUGAUCAUCAUGAGAAUUAGUGUGAAGAGUUUAUUUCCAGUCUUGUCUGUCGCUGUGGUGUUUUUCUAUAUGAGCUCUGUCAAUUGGAAAAUCCAAACUCAAGAGAAGCAGCUUCACCAAGUCCAGCAGAACUUCUCGUUACACAGCGAACUUCUCCUCAAGAAGCUGGACAAACUGGAGGCUCAUUUAUAUGCCGUGGAAGAGAAAAGCCUCAAAGUGAAAAAUGAGAAGAAGCCAGCAAAGAAGCUGUUUCCAAACUCAUAUCUCUUCAAGAAAUGGACUGUGGAACUUUCUGAGGACGAUCAGAGGAAGGCUGAGGAUCUCUUUCAGAAAUACGGCUAUAAUGCCUUCCUCAGUGACCAGUUGCCUCUGGAUCGGGAGCUGCCGGACACUCGAGACCACAGAUGCAUUGGACGUGAAUAUCCACACAAUCUGCCCUCCAUCAGCGUUGUGCUGAUUUAUCUGGAUGAGGCUCUGUCUGUCAUUCAAAGAGCCAUUUGCAGCAUCAUCAACAGAACUCCAGCCCACCUGCUGAAAGAGAUCAUAAUGGUGGACGACCACAGCAAAAAUGAAGACCUGAAGACACAGCUGCAUGUUUAUAUCAGCUCCAUCAAUGAGAAACACCCAGGCCUGGUGAAGAUGGUGACCCAUCCAGAGCAGAAAGGCCUGGCCCAGGCCAGAAUCUCAGGCUGGAAGGCUGCCACCGGGGAUGUGGUUGCCAUUUUGGACGCCCACAUUGAGGUCCAUGUCAAAUGGGCGGAGCCACUGCUUGCACGUAUCCAAGCUGAUCGCACACUGGUCCUGAGCCCCGUGUUUGACAGAGUGAAUUACUAUGACUUGGAAGUGACAAAUUAUGAUGCCUUUGCGCAUGGUUUUGACUGGGCUCUCUGGUGCAUGUACGUGGCAUUCCCAAAGAAGUGGUAUGAUCAAAACGAUCCUUCACAGCCAGGAAAGAGUCCCUCUGUAAUGGGAAUACUCGUGGUUGAUCGUCUGUUCUUUGGAGAGAUUGGGACUCUGGAUGGAGGGAUGCAGGGGUAUGGAGGAGAGAAUGUUGAAUUAGGAAUACGGGUGUGGCUUUGUGGAGGAAGUAUAGAGGUUGUUCCCUGCUCUAAAGUUGCCCAUAUUGAAAGGGCGCACAAACCCUACGUGGCUGACAUUUUUGGUGCAAUGAAGAGAAAUGCCCUCAGAGUGGCAGAGGUUUGGAUGGACGAAUACAAGAAAUAUGUCCACAUGGCCUGGGGUGUCCCCAUACAGAAUCAUGGAAUAGACAUCGGUGAUGUUUCAGAGAGAAAGAAACUGAGAGAGAGGCUGAAAUGCAAACCAUUCAAAUGGUAUCUGGAAAAUGUCUAUACUGAGUUAAGUCAGAGGAAUAUAAUUGCUUAUGGAGCGCUGAUUAAUGACCUGCAAACAAGUUUAUGUUUGGAUAAGGGGCCAGAUGAGGAGAACACUCCCAUUUUAUAUCCAUGUCAUUUCUUUUCCUCACAGGUAUUUUACUAUACAGCAAGUGGUGAGAUACUUCAUGGCCACUUGCCAACCCUUGUACACGAUCAGAGCCGCUGUCUAAUUGAUCCCGGCUCUGGCAGGUUUCCAGAGCUGUCCUGGUGUUCAGACACUGAAAAAACAAAACAUAUGUACUGGGAUUUCAAACAGGGAGAGGCCAUACAGAACAGAGAAACCAAACGCUGUCUGGAGAUCAACGCUGAGCAGAAUGGAAAAUAUGAAAAAAACGUUUUUAUUCAGGAGUGCAGAAACCAGCACUGGAAGAUACAGAAUUUAAUUCAGGACUUAUGAAACACAAGAUUUAAUCAAUUUAGAUGGAGCUGGAGCACAUUGGAGAAACAUCACAGAUUGUGUUGGUGCUAAAAAAAAUUGAAUGCAGCUACGAACUGAAAAAAAUUAGGUACUAAAAAAUGGCACAAAAAUAUUAUAUGGCUGAUGAGAAAGUAAAAAUAGAAUUGAUAAUCGGAAAGAGGGUUUAAGAGAAAAAUUAUGAUUUUCACAGUUCAAAUUCACACAGUUCUUGCAGCCCCAUAAAUAAAUAAUUUGUUACAUCUGAUGUCUUUUAGAAGUAUGUGUAUGUUGUGUUUCUGAGUGUGUCUGUGCAGGAGAAGGUGUGGUCUGCACUCAAGCCAGCAGAGAUCUGAUUAGGUAUCAGUGAAAAGGACCUUAAUGCGUGUCAUUUGUUUUGCUCUGUCUUAGUUUCCUCUCUGAUUGUGUGUACUUGCUGUUACAUUUGUAAAUUCUCAGUUAUGGGAAGUAGGGAGUGUGAUGCCAUUUCUUUUGCAUAUAUCGUUUGUUCUAUGUUUUGGGUUAAGGGAGUAAGGGAAGUUGUGUUGUAUUUUUCUUUUGAUGUGCUUUCUUUUUCUUUUUCUUUUAAGGUAAUUUAGAGGGAACUAAAUCUAGUUAUUUUUGUUUAUUUUGUACUUUUCCACUUCUGAAUUUGAUCCAUUUGUUACUGAUUUUCAUUAUAAUAUUUUUAAUUUAUUUUUGUUUGAUAUGACCUUAUUUGUGAGUGAGCACGCAUUCAUUUAUGUUGCAGCUGUAACAAAUUUUUAAAUAAAAAAAAUCAAAAUAAAACAAGAAAAUUUUACUUGCAUGUCAUGUGACUGUUAACUGACAUCAGAGAUGUGUGAAUAUGCAAAUGUGCUUUUAAACUACUGAAAUGUUUAGAAAUGGUUUCAUGUUUCUAUGUAAUCUGUCCUAUUCCUAACAGCCCUCAAUGGGGCAUGUUGUUACAAAAUGUCAAUGUCUAUUAAAGGAGUAACCAAA